AUGGAUAAAAAUCUGUGUAAUAACUUCAUUUAUGUAACAACGAAUUUAGAAUAUGAUUCGAAUAAUAAAAAUUAUAAAUUUAAAGAUGAUACACAUUUCAAAGAUUACUGCCCUAAUAAAAACUGCAAUACUGAUCUCGAAAAAAUUAGUGCUGGAUGUUUAUAUUUUUUAUAUACAUUCUUUGGGAGUUCUGAUUUGUUUAAGUCUGUUGCAAAUAGUAACAUCGAUAUUGUUGAAUACAUUAUGAUGUGGUUAAGUUAUAUGUUAAACUUAAAGGAAAAUACUAGUAGCUCCAUCAGCCAUCUAGAACAUUUUUAUAAAACAUAUAUAAAUAAUGAUAAGUAUCAAAAGCCUAUAACUGGUGUUACAGAAUAUAAUAGUUAUAAGGAUCUUGUAGAUAAAAAAAAAUAUUUGUUGGAUAUGGAUAGUAAUAUUAUAUCUAAUUUUUAUGAAGCAUUUAAAUUAUUAUGCAAAAUGUAUACUGAAUUUGAUGAAAGCACGUCAAAUUGCACAAACUGUUCGCAAUAUUCCAAAACGUUUGCUGAAAAAUAUGAAGAACUUAAUAAAAAAUCGGAUAUUGCUAAUAAUAGUUCCUAUAAGCAACUAUUGUAUACACUAUCAAAUGAUUAUAAUAAUUUAAAAACUAAAUGUAAAAAUUGUUUAUCCCUUCCAGAGAUAGAAACAAGCAUUUAUGCAUUAACAUCUGAAGAUACAUCAAGUUCUUCGAUAGGAAACAAACUAUUUACCGUUUUAUCUAUAUUUGGUGCAAUAGCAUUUUUUUUAGGAAUUUCCUAUAAGUAUUCGUUAUUUGGAUUUCGGAAACGAGCUCAAAAACAAUAUUUAAGAGAAAAAAUAAAAAAUAUAAAGAAGAGAAUGAAUCAUUAA